AUGAAGUCCAUCUUUUUCACCCUUCCACUGCUCGCGGCAAUGGUGUCUGCGAGGGCGGUCACUCCAAGCGCAGCAGGCCUUGAACUCCCCGGCCAAGCUUGCGCGACAGAGCUUGCUAAGUGUGUUGAACGUGCUACGCCUGCAAGGGAGGCAUUAUCCGCAGAGGUGGUGCCGCGAUCCCUGAGCCUCCCACCCUUCUUGAAAUUCCAGGGGCUCCCGCCUUUCCAGAACUUGCAAAGAAGAUUAUCGACGCUAUUCGAGAGGUCAUUGGUGGAAACACCGAUGUUGAUGUUGACGCCAUGGGCAAGAAGAUUGCCAGUAACAUUUCCCGCCAACGGCUUCGAUAUCGGCACCUUAAUCAACGAAAUCAUCAACGCACUUGACGGCAAGGCUGGCGGUAUUGAUAUCGGUGCGAUCGUUAACAAGAUUAUCAAGGCCAUUGGGGGGAUUGCUGGCGGUGCGGGGGUUCCUCCAGCGGGCGUCGACGUUGGCAAAAUCACCAACAUUAUCCUCGGCUCGAUGAAACACAGCCGGUCAGCUCAGGGACAGAUUGACAUCGGCCAGAUCGUGCAGCUUAUUACCAAGCUUCUUGGCAACGGGGGACCUUAUGACUUGGGCAAAAUCAUCAACGAGAUUAUUCACGCUUUGAACGGAAAGGCCGGCGGACUCGAUGUAGGCGCUAUUGUCAACCAGAUUAUUGCGUUGAUUAUGUCCCUGAACAGCGGUGGCUUAGCCCGCAGGCAGGAGGUUCCCAUCGACAUUGGGAAGUUGAUCCAGGUCAUUAUCGGAGCCAUUGGAAGCGGCAACGGUGGCGACAUUGAUAUAGGCAAGUUGAUCCAGACGAUCAUUGAUUUGAUCCCCAAGGGCGGACGAUAA